AUGAUGCAGAUAGAUCGCACCAUAACCUUGUUGAAGCAAGGAAAACAUAUUACAGAGGAAGCUGUGUAUUCACUUUGUUUGAAGUCACAGGAGUUGUUAAUGACGGAGGCUAAUGUUACCCAUGUCGACACACCUGUAACUAUAUGUGGGGAUAUUCACGGUCAGUUACAUGAUCUUUUAACAUUAUUUGAUAAAAGUGGUGGUGUUGAGAAAACGCGAUAUAUAUUUUUAGGUGAUUUUGUAGAUAGAGGUUUUUAUUCCUUAGAAUCAUUCCUAUUGUUGAUAUGUUACAAACUGAAAUACCCUGAUAGAAUCACACUUAUAAGAGGAAAUCACGAAACGCGUCAAAUUACUAAAGUUUAUGGAUUUUAUGACGAAAUUAUGAGAAAAUAUGGGAAUAGUAACGUUUGGCGAUAUUGUUGUGAAGUAUUUGAUUAUUUGUCUCUUGGUGCAAUUAUUAAUAAUAAUAUAUUUUGUGUUCAUGGUGGCCUUUCACCCGAUGUUUCUACAAUAGAUGAAAUAAGAGCAAUAGAUAGAAAACAAGAAGUACCACAUGAAGGUGCUAUGUGUGAUUUACUUUGGAGUGACCCUGAUGAUGUUGAAAAAUGGUCCUUAUCGCCAAGAGGUGCAGGUUUUGUCUUUGGUCAAAAUGAAGUGAAUCAGUUCCUACACACAAAUAAUGUUGAAUUAAUAGCGCGUGCACAUCAAUUAGUAAUGGAAGGUUAUAAAGAAAUGUUUGAUGGUGGAUUAGUUACUGUUUGGUCAGCACCUAAUUAUUGUUAUAGAUGUGGAAAUGUGGCCGCUGUAUUGAGAAUUGAAGAUGAUCUACAAAGGAACUAUACCAUUUUUGACGCGGUUCAACCUCAAGACGGAGUAGGGAAUGCAAUAAUUCCUACAAAAAAAUCACAAAUGGAUUAUUUCUUGUAA